GCAUCACUUUCCCCUUGAAAUAAAGUGCAGCCUUUGUGCGCAUGUCCCGCUGGGUUUCUGCGCGUCUCUUCCUCUCCAUUGGCUAUCCCGCCGCCGUGCGCGCUGAGCCUACAGUUUUCACAACGCACAGUACGCGCGUUCAGCCCACGCUGUACGGACACCGACACACGCACACACUCACACACGCCGCUACAGGAUGGAGAAAAAGAGCGAGAUGAACGGGCACACCAUGCUCGACUUUGCCUUUAACGAGCGGACGCUGGAGAAGAGCGCGCAGAAGAGCGUCGGGAUGAAGCUGGUGGAGUUUUUGCGCAGGAACCUGCUGGUCAUCCUGACGGUGUCCGGGGUUUUGGUGGGCGUCGGGCUCGGGAUGGCGGUCCGCACCAUGGGUCUGACCAGAGCGCAGAUGACUUAUUUCGCCUUCCCCGGAGAGAUGCUCCUCAGGAUGCUGAAGAUGAUCAUCUUGCCUUUGGUCGUCUGCAGCCUCGUGUCCGGUGCCGCCAGCUUGGACACGCGCUCCCUGGGCAAACUGGGAGGCAUCGCGGUGUCUUACUUUCUGGUCACCACGCUGAUCGCUUCGGGGAUCGGGGUCUCCCUGGCCUUCAUCAUCAAACCCGGCGUAGGCGCAGGAGCCCUGAACACCAACAGCCUGGGGCUGGAGAGCGUGAACAGCAACAAGGAGACCGCCGACUCCUUCUUAGACCUGGCCAAGGUACUGUGA